AUGAGCAAUGGCUACUGCAGCUACACUAGCUUCCCUGCCCCUACGAACCCAUACCCUUACACUACAACGUCGGAUGGCUCAGUGAUUGCUUACGCGACUUCGACUGUCUCGUACUUCGCCGUUGCUGGAUACUCACUCACUGAGAUAUAUGGCUCUGGGUCAAGCACUGUUCUCCAAACACCGACCCCGACAGUCCCUUGGCCUUACACGGCCACUACUGAUGGCACUGUGAUCGCCUACGCGACCUCUACUCUCUCGUAUUUUGCUGUUGCUGGAUACUCACUCACUGAGACAUACGGUGCAGGAACCUCGACCACCAUCUCGGUUCCAUCGCCCACCGCCAAGUGUGCUAUGUGGGAUGAGAUAUCGGCAUAUAUGUUCCUAAUUUAUGACAUCGACCAUUGGGAUGUCGACGAGGAUACUCUGUCAAGCACUCUCAAGAAUCAAGAAAAGGGUUGCGGUGCAAUGUCUGCUUGGGACUUUAGCACCGAGACCACCAAUGGUACCGCUGCAAAGUUCAACCUCCCUAUUUUGAUGAAGAGUGGCUGUGUUGAGAGAGCCAUCCACUCUGCAGGCGGACCCGAUGCUUCCACGUUCGGCUGCUCGGGCCAUGGUGUUCAUGUCUUUGAUGGCUCGGAUUCCGUGCAGACCAUUUACGAUAAACUCUGA